AUGGUUAUACCAAUUGUCCACUUAUUAGAAACAAAAAGUGAUGAGGCAACAACCACUCAAAGUCUUAGCAAUCAACUAACAAGUGCAUUAAAAUUAGAGUGUUCAAAGCGACUAGGACAAAAAGAAAACGUUACAUUUUUAGCAAUUGCUACAAUAUUAGAUCCUAGAUUCAAAAGAUUGUAUUUUAAAAAUUCAGUCUCAUUAUCUAAAAUGUUAACCAAAAUUUCUGAGGAAAUCAAGUCGUGUGAACUUUACCGUGAAGGAACAUCUGAAAGUUCUGAUUCUUCUGAUUCAACUCGUCGGUUGACAGACAGCCCGUUAUUACUAUGGAAAGACAUGUCCACAGUUUAUCCAAAUCUUGUUAAAGUAGCUUUAAAAUAUUUAAGCACAGUAGCUACUUCGGUACCCAGUGAAAGACUUUUCUCAAAAGCAGGCUUGACUAUGAACCAACAAAGAAACCGUUUGACUAGCAAAAAAUUAAAUAUGCUGUUGUUUUUACAAUCUGUGGAUGAGCGUUUUUGGGAAUUGUAA